GAGGAGGAAUCUAUAUGACCCUCUCUCCCCUCGACAACUCUACCUCUGGAUUCCUCUCUCUCGUUCGCCAUUUCCCCUUAAUUUAGAAUAUAUUUUCAGUUGUCUUCAUUUUUCUUUACUCUUCUUGUAUAAAUAGGUCAUCACCUUCCCUCACUACUUCCCUUUCCCUCUCUCUCUCUCUCUCAAGGAAGAUAAUUAGCUAGAUUCUAGUAGAUGAUAUGCAUAUAGGUAGAGAGAGAUUGAUGUGUGAUGCAUGUGGUUAGUGAGAUUGUUGUUUGUGGUAAUUUUAUGAUAUACUACUACUCCUAUUCUGGUUUGCGGCGCAGAGCUUAUCUCCUUCACUCUUGUUUUUGUCUACUGGUUGUACGUUUUAACAUAAUAAAAUAGUAAAUGAAAAUGGAUUCCUCGGCGUGUUCUUCCUCGGAUGUGCAACAGCGGAAGCAGAGGAGAAUGGAAUCGAACCGUGAAUCAGCGCGGCUGUCACGGGUGAAGAAGCAGAAGUAUAUGGACGAUCUGACGGCCGAGGUUGCUCAUCUCUCCAAACUAAAUAACCAGAUAUCGAAGAGCAUUGUAAUAAAGGAGUGCUCAUUUCAGUUGGAAGAAGCUCGGCUAGAAAGGAGUUCGGUAAGCUCGGCUUACCGAGCUGGAACUAGCCUGGAACUAGCCGAGAAGAAGAAGAAGGCAGAAGUCGGUAAGCAGUGUGUCAAAAUUGAGGCGCACAACUUGGUGCUGAGGGCUCAGAUCAUGGAUCUCUCACACACACUCCAUUCCCUCAAACAAAUAUUGACUCAUCACGCCGUCUUUGAGCCUGAUCACUUAAACUUUGCUCAUGCUUUGUUCAACAAUUCUUGGAAUUUGUUGGGGGACUCACACCACUAA